GAAAAAAGAGAGAGAAAGAAAGAAAAAGAAUAAGAAAGAAAAGAGAAACUGACAAGUAACUAUUUUCUAUUCUCUUUCUUUUUCUCUUUCUCCAAUCACCUGAUUCUAUUGUUGUUGUUGAAAAGAAAACGUAAUCAUGGCUCGAUACUUUAAGGAACAAGAUAUCGAUGAGUUUAGAGAUUGUUUCUAUUUGAAUACUCACAACAAUGGGAUGAUUGUGAAUCUUGAUGAGCUUUCAUUGAUCAUGAGAUCACUUGGAAUGAGCCCAACGAUUCCGGAGAUGCAAGUCUAUCUUAAGGAAAAAGGAGGUAAAUUGUCUUUUGCUGAUUUUCUUGAUGUCAUGCAUACUCAUUCAAAGAAGGAAAAAGUUCCAGAGGAAAUUAUGGAAGCUUUUCAGGCUUGGGAUCGAGAGAAAACUGGACAAAUUCAUGUUCGCGAUUUAAAGCAUAUUCUUUGUCAAUGGGGUGAGAAACUUGGAAAUCGUGAAGUUGACCAUAUCUUACGAGAAGCGAACACUAUGGGAACUUAUGUCAAGUAUCAGGAUUUAAUUGGUGUUCUUGCAGCUCCAGUUCCAGAUUAUUAGUGUUCAACGAGAUGAGAAAUAGAAACGCUAUUAACAGUAUUAUGUUCCAAUAGAUGAUGAUUGCAGGCAAGAUGGAUUAUUUAAAGUUGGAAAUUCCAUUUCAAAGCUUAAAUUAACCAAUUAAUGAAUGACCAAUUUGGACCGAAUCUUGGACCAAGCGAUAUUCAUUUUCAACAAAUCGAUUUAUAAGGAUAACUAGAUUUGUUUUAUUUUCCCCACUAACCUAAGCCUUGAAGAUGGGAUCAGUAAAUCCAUUUAAUUUAAAACUAAUACAAUUGAAAAUAAAAAUUAA